CUCAUAGUCAUCACCUCAACUUUUUCGUCGGGCGAUCGAUCUUCACUCAUGAACAACUCGAUUUAACAACCUCCAUGCUAAGCUUUCGACUAUAAUCGACACCAAUUGAUUCAUCUGGUUCAUUACAAACAUGGAAACGACCCUACCGCUGCCAUUCUUGGUGAGCAUUGGCAGCCCCAAUGGCCAGGCUACCAAUGAUGGCCUCACUCGUCAAGAGAUUGCCCUUCUGGGAGCUCCUUUCUAUGAGACAGCUUCUAAGGAUUGGGGUCGCCCCAGUGCCGGAACCAAUGCUCACAUGGAUGCCACAAGUUUAAGUAACCCAGACGAUGUGAUUGCGUUGCUCGAUGGCGGGGUUCGAACGGUUUUUGUUGCUUCGGAGUCCUACUCAGAGUAUACAGAAUAUGGCGCAAGAGUCAUUCCCACUGUUUCUUCCCUUGACAUUUCCACAGCUUCCGAAAAUGGUCUAUUGGUAAAGGAUUUCGACAUUUCAUCCAGCGACGUCGACAAGUUUGUUGAGGAAGCAUCAGCCAAGAAGAUCAAGAGCCUUUACAUUAAGCCAGCUCCCAAGACCGAUAUCGAAAAGUUCAUCGAAAUUGCCAAGAAGGCCAAUGCAAUCCCUAUCAUCCCUUCUACAGGGUUGACGACCGACAAGAACGAUUCGAGUCGACUAUUGUUAUCUAAGAUUAUCGCAUCAUACUGGAAAUCCGAUCGAUCUGACGGCCUUAUCCCUACUGUGGUAACCGAUGAUGCCGGGAUCGCGUUGGGUCUCGCCUAUACCAGCGAGGAGAGUAUUCUGGAGGCUCUUAGGACACAAACCGGAGUUUACCAGAGUCGCAAACGUGGUCUUUGGGUGAAGGGACUUACUUCUGGUGACACUCAGGAACUGUUGCGAAUUGGUCUCGACUGUGACAACGACACUCUCAAAUUCGUGGUCAAUCAGAAGGGCCGUUUCUGCCAUCUCCAGCAGUUUGGUUGCUUUGGAGACCUCAACGGCAUCUCAGCACUUGAACAGACACUCAAGUCUCGCAAGGAGUCUGCUCCCGAGGGUUCUUACACGGCCCGCUUAUUCUCCGAUGAGAAGCUUCUGCGAGCAAAGAUCAUGGAGGAGGCAGAGGAGCUCUGCGAUGGCAAGACCAAAGAGAACAUCGCUUUUGAAGCUGCUGAUUUGAUCUAUUUUGCUUUAACUAAGGCUGUUGGCGCAGGUGUUAGCCUCGCAGACAUUGAGGCUAACCUGGACGCCAAGAGCUUGAAGGUCAAGCGUAGAACAGGCAAUGCCAAGGGCAAGUGGGCGGAGAAGGAGGGUAUCAAGACCGAUGCAGCCCCUGUGAAGCCCUCACAGCCCGCGGUUGAGAAGCCAGCUGAUGGACGUAUUGCUAUGGAGCGAGUUGAUGCCUCAAAGAUCUCCGAGGCCGAUCUCGUAGAGAAGCUCAAGAGACCUUCUCAGAAAUCCCCUGACGCCAUCUUGAAGAUUAUUCAGCCUAUCAUCGAGGAGGUGCGAACUGGUGGCGACAAGGCUGUUCUGUCUUACACCCACAAGUUUGAGAAGGCCACUUCGUUGACAUCGCCUGUGCUGAAGGCUCCCUUCCCCAAGGAGCUUAUGGAUAUCUCGCCUGAGACCAUUGAAGCUAUUGACGUCUCUUUUGAGAAUAUCCGAAAGUUCCACUCUGCACAGCAGGAGGAGAAGUCUCUCCAGGUUGAGACUAUGCCUGGCAUUGUCUGCAGCCGCUUCUCGAGACCUAUUGAGCGAGUCGGUCUCUACAUUCCUGGUGGAACCGCUGUUCUCCCCAGUACUGCUCUGAUGCUUGGAGUUCCAGCUAUGGUGGCUGGUUGCCAGAAGAUUGUAUUUGCCUCACCUCCCAGAUCUGAUGGCCGCAUUACCCCUGAGAUUGUAUACGUCGCUCACAAGGUUGGCGCUGAGAGCAUUGUCCUGGCUGGUGGUGCUCAGGCUGUUGCCGCCUUGGCUUAUGGUACGGAGAGCGUCACCAAGGUUGACAAGAUUCUUGGACCUGGUAACCAAUUUGUGACUGCGGCCAAGAUGCACGUCAGCAACGACACCAAUGCUGGUUGCGGUAUUGAUAUGCCUGCUGGACCCUCUGAAGUUCUUGUUGUUGCUGACAAGGAUGCCAACCCUGCUUUUGUUGCCUCCGAUCUUCUCUCUCAAGCCGAGCACGGUGUUGAUAGUCAGGUUAUUCUGCUUGCUGUUGGCCUAAGUGAGCAGGAGCUCCAGGCUAUUGAAGAUGAAGUUCACAAACAGGCCCUUGCCCUUCCUCGUGUCGAUAUCGUCCGAGGAUCUAUCGCUCACUCGGUCACUGUUCAGGUCAAGGACAUUGAAGAGGCCAUGCGCAUCAGCAACGAGUACGCCCCUGAACAUCUCAUCCUUCAAAUCAAGGAUGCCGAGAAAGCUGUUGAUCAAGUCAUGAACGCUGGCAGUGUGUUUGUUGGUCACUGGACCCCUGAGAGUGUUGGCGACUACUCUGCUGGUGUCAACCACUCUUUGCCUACUUAUGGCUUCGCCAAGCAAUACUCUGGUGUCAACUUGGGCUCAUUCCAGAAGCACAUUACCAGCUCCAACCUUACUGCUGAAGGUCUCAAGAAUGUUGGUACCGCCGUCAUGCAACUGGCUAAGGUCGAGGAGCUUGAGGCUCAUAGAAGGGCUGUGGAGAUCCGACUUAACUAUUUGAAGCAACAGUAGUAGACUGGGACAGACAAAAAGGGAAAAGGGCGUAUGUAGAUAACAGAUGGGUUUUCUUUAGGAUAGGGGCGCGGACUUGGGACUAGAUGUUGUUUCAAUAUGCACAAGCUUGACAGACCACGGGUGCUUAAGAAUAAAAUGCAGCUUGCUCAAGUAGUAUUUCUAGCCUGUCAAACAACAAAAGCUUUUGUCUGUCAGAAUGCCAUGAUGUAAUCACUACAAGUACAAUGAAAUGCUCAACGCCACGCUAUGCCUCAAUAUGUAAAAACCCUUUCUUCUCAGUUCACCUUUAUCCAUCUCCUCUUAUUCGUUCAGAUAAAACUCUCGCCAUCAAUGUCUAUGAAAAACAACCCAUAAACACUCUAAAAAGAAACGCCUUUGAAUUCGUUACACCUUACUGCCUGUUGGGAGCAGCAGCAACAGCCUCGGUGGCCUGUUCGUGAUACUUAGCUUUCCUUCACUUCACUUCAUUUCUCAAUGGUGAGAUGACCAACCCCUGUUAUGUGUUGGGCGAGAACGUCCUCCUUAAGCUGACCUUGACGCCGUUGUCCAAUGGGAGCAGCGUCAGAGGUUCCGUCGCCCUCGUCUUCAUCUUGACGGCCUUCCUCGCCAUCUUCGUAAAUCUCAUCUUCAUCGUCCUCGUCGUAAGUUUCUUUCAAGUCGCGUGUCAUAGACGCCUUGAGUCGCUCUUCGUCGACGCUACCGCCCAAGACACUUGCGGCUUCGGCAAACUCAUCCAUAGAUGCUCGAGAGAUGUAACUAUCGGCAAGCCCUUCACCGAUCUCGUCCACAUCUUCAUCUAUUUCGCCAUCCUCAUCGUCAUACUCCUCUUCAUCAUCACCAUACUCGCUGGUAGGUCCUCCUGGGCCGUCCUCGUCAUCGUCAUCAUCACUCUCGCUUGCUGAAAAGUCAGCCAUGGCAAGAGGAUCAUCUCUCCAGUACGUGAAAUCCGUGUACUCCUCGCCGCCACCUUUUACCAGUGUGCUCACGGGAGGGAAGUAAUGGUCAACGACUUCGUUGAUAUUCACGUAGCUCAUCUUGAGCUUGUUGAGUGUCAGUAGAUCAAGUGACACUUCAGAGUUGGAAUUGAUGGUGAAAAUGCGGUUUCGAGGGACAUCGACGGUCCGGUAAGAGAUUUGAUCGGUCAAACGAUUUCCGUAACCAGCAUAAAAGGGAUGACGAUCUGGGCCGUAUAAGUUUCGAAUAUCUCGAAGAGUUGCCAUCUUGAAGAUGUGGGGUUUGCGAAGGUAAACCUCUCGCCUCAAUGCAGCCAUGGUUCUAUCGGGCGACAGGAUCGUAGGUCCGGGCGGCAUCCUGUAGCCAUCCUGAACGAUACCCGCCAGGUAGGCUCUUGUAGUGUCUGAUUGUCCAACGGAUCGACUGGUAAGGUACAUGAUAUUAUAACCAUUGGCGGAAAUAUCGCUGUACAACUUAGCCACACCUGAGUGAGUCCAGUCACGGCCAAUCAUGUUCAACACGUGGCCAAGGGCAUCCGACUUGGUAAUGGUACCGUCAAUGUCUGAGAUGACAACAGGCGUCUCAUGUCUCCAGAGGUACAUGUUUGCUUUGCAGGUAGCUCGGUUGACAGUGAAAGCCAUCGAGUUCGCGCCUGGCUGAAGCUUCAGAUCCUUGAGCUGCUGACUAGUCAAUCGCAAGGUCUUGGCGUAAUUCCUGUUGGGAUCUCCUGCAUGGCCCGAUGAGCUCGGCGGGGUGCGGGGAGGAGUUUGCAAGUCCAUAGGACCAGCGUCGGACUCGGCUCUUCGAUGCAAUAGAAUAGGAGAAGCAGUUGCAUCGCUGCUGUCACUCUGAUAACCGGGAUCAGAAAUAGCAUCGGCUGCAGUAGCCCUACGGUGCGACUGCAGAGACGCCUCGAUAGUCUUGUUCAUAGCAGCCUGCUUGGCCUCCUCACUGCUGUAAAUCCAUAGGUUUCCC